AUGGUCGAUGAAAAGGAUGAUAUAAUAAUUAUAGAUGAGGUUACCGGUGGAAAAGGGAAUGUUAUCAACGGAACCGAUACUAAAGGUGACAGUGAAUCGGGCAAAGACGGCGCUGAGGUUAAUAGUGACAAAGCAUGGGUGCCAUCUGUGAGCACUACUGAAAGAGAUGAGAAAGAAUCGAAAGAUCACGUCCAUGUCGUGGUAAUUGACGAAUGUGGAGAAGGUGAUGAGUUUCUGGAAUCCGCGGCCAAAUCGGCAGAACAGCCCGAGAAAGCGUCUGAAGAGAACAUUCAGUCUCAAUCCGGGCGUAGAAAAAAGGAGCGAACGUACAAGCGAAAAGUGGUUCGUUUACCAAGAGAAGUGUUUGACUACAUGGCAAAGAUUGAAGAGGAUGGAACUAUCAGACUCAAUUUGACCCAGUUUGCCAUCUUUUUCUCAAACGAGAUAACGAAGAAAUUUACUGCAGUUCCAGCAGAAAGUUGGAUAACGACUGAUCUCGUUCCAAUGAUGGAUGUCAGCGUCCCACCAACUGCGAAAGAAAAUCAAUUUUUGAUCGUGGACAAUUUUUCUAAUGAACCAAAGGAACGUGCGGCGCAAGAGAAGAGGUUGAAAGAUUUAUUGGAGAAUCGCAAGAGGCACGCAGAACAAAAAGAGGUCGCUACAGGCGCGAAGAUAUUACCUGCUGAUGGCAAAAAGAAACCUCAAAAGAAUGCGGGUGAGCAGGUGAAGACAGACGGAACCAAUGAAGAGAAGUCGCCUAGCAAUCAGUGUGUGAGUCCCAUAGUGACGUCGCUGUUAAUGACUGCAUGUAUGCAGCUUCUCCGAAUUUCGAUGGGACAUAUGCCACUGAAGGGAUUAGGUGGUGCAUUCAUUGCAACACAGAAACCAAACCCCAGCUGCGAGUGUUCGGUUAAGAGAAUGGCUUGUCGUCUGUUCGAAUCUGUUGAAGAUGGGUGUGAACGCGAAAUGAUCCGAUACAGUUGCUCGGAAAACGAUAUCGGUGAUAGUGCGGUGGCGUGUUCCGAACUGCAAGUGCCCCUGAAAGAGCUUGGUGUACUCAGCUAUAAGUGCUCAUGUACACAAGGUACCUCUAUCAGAGGCCAAGGUGCCAGCUGAAAGCGUUCUGCUGAGCAUAAUGCUCCAUCGUCAACGCCAGAAAGCGGUUCAGCCGCUAAGCAACCUAGGUUGGAUGAGAAGAACGCUCAACAGAAAUCUGGAAAAACAUUUCCAAGGAAAUCAGGGUCUUCUGCACCCGGGAAAACUGGUGCACAGAAUGGUCCCAAGGGUGGCGGAAAAGGAUCUUCCAAGUACCCACCAAGAACUGGUCCCAUUCAAGACCUACUGUCUAAGAAGCUAUCGCCUCCCUAUCAAGCAACAGGGCCUUCGCCUUUUGUGUCUCCUUUCGUAGGACGCAGAGAGUGGCAAAGCGGCCCAGCACCAUUCCAGAAUCAGCCGUACAUGCAAGGGAACAUGUAUGAAGAGCAGAUGCGCUACGGCAGAACAGAACCAUUCAAUGAUCGCGGUAGAACGGAGCCAUUCAAUGAUCGCGGUAGAACGGAGCCAUUCAAUGAUCGCGGCAGAACGGAUCUAUUUAGUGACCGCGCUAGAAUGGAGCCAUUCAAUGAUCGCGGCAGAACGGAUCUAUUUAGUGAUCACAGAGGAGCCACAGAUGUGUCACCAUGGGCAAGGCCUAUAACUCAACCUAAUGAAAUGUUCAAAUACGAAUCUGUGAUGCGUAGGACUGCACAGGAUAACGCACCGCCUUUUGAAUCACCCAGACAGGUCGAAAAAAUGGGUCUCGGUUCAUUUGUGGGAGCGGUACUGAACUCUGUGGAUCGUAAGGCUCCCGCUUUCUCAAGCUUCGACAACACAUCGCGUGGGAGCUUCGACAACACACCGCGUGGAAUUCCAUCUCUGAUGGAUGAACCCUUCGCAAGGGAUCCUCGUGCAAUCGGUGGUCUCAAUCCCACCCCAUUGCGGGACAUCAGCAGAUAUGUCGAACCGCUCAACGACUUCAGUGACAGUUCUCGCAUGCGCGCAUCACAGCCACGCACUGAACGUAUUACAUAUCCAACAUUAGGCGGAAGUGCUGCAAUGAGUGGAAGUGGAAGUGGAAGUGGAGCAACUCCACUGUUUGGCCAGUCAUAUCCUGCUUUCGCCGAUCAACCUUUUAGAGGAUUAGUGGACUACGGGAGGUGA